GGCAUACGAGACCGACACAGCAGCAAGGAGAAAUAAGGAGGUUCAGGUUCAAGUUCAAGAAAGGGCUGCUCAGUAGUCACCGCGUUGAAAUCUUUGCUCCUACUCCGUGCUUCGACUAUCUGGCUCCACAGAACCAUAUUCUGGUCUUAUUAGUCACAGAACCGAUGAGUUCUGACCAUUGAACAAGCCCGACAUCUAAACAUUCUUAUUCUAUGUGAUGUCACUUCGUCUGUCUGCCGUUCGUUCGAGCUGGUCAUGCACAUCACAAUACUCUGCUACGGCUCUAUCACGAGCUAGAAGAAGAAUAGGCGAACAAAGGCGUUUCGAUUCUACCGACAACUCGCGCCCUGUUGUAUAUAUACCGAAAUGCAAUGUCUACCGCUUCGGACAACCGAAUAAUGCACCACCGGUAUUUGAAGGCUUACAGUGGACGGUGCAUGAAGGGGAAAAUUGGGCUGUGGUAGGCUCUGGGGCAGGAGAGAAGACCACCUUACUCGAAACGCUGCGGGGACACCUACGGCUGUCCCCGCCUCCACCCCCACCGCUUGGAUUAUUCCCUGCGUUCUCCGCGCGGGGUCUGGACCCCUACAAUUGUGUCUCCCUUGUAUCCUUCGCGCACCGACCCCAUUCCUCCGGCUCAGGAUUCUAUGACUACACCGCCCGAUACGGCGCCGUACGCGAGGAAGACCGCGUCACACUCCGCGAACACCUCUUCGACGACCCAUCCAAUGCCAAGGAUGGCGUGGAACACGACCACGAACUGCUCGACAAACUCGACCUCACACGUCUACUGGACCUACCCUUAAUUGCCCUCAGCAAUGGCCAAACCAGGAAGGCCCGCAUUUAUCAAGCCAUUCUCUCUCGCCCAGAGCUACUGCUGCUCGACGAACCGUUGACUGGUUUGGACUUCUCUACGCGUGACCUCCUGCUCUCCCUUCUCCACAAUUUGCAUACUUUGCACGAACCGCGCAUGAUCCUUGGACUUCGGGGUCAAGAUCCGCUCCCGGAAUGGAUUACGCAUGUCGCACGCGUCGAAAACGGACACGUCUCCGCACAGGAGAGAGCUGCGACGUACACACCUACGGAUACAGAGCACGCCGAUCGCCUCCAGAACGAAAAAUCAUCCGGAGAGGCGCAGGCAGGCGACAUCGUAGUGCAAAUGCGCAACGUUCGGGUUAGUUACAAGGAUAGACAUGUACUGAAGGAUAUCAACUGGACCAUACGAACGGGCGAGCGAUGGCAUUUGCAAGGCUCCAAUGGCUCAGGAAAGACCACUCUUCUGUCUCUAUUGACUGGCGAUCACCCGCAGUCUUACACGCAACGCCCACUACCCGAUCUCGAUCGACGUCUCGAACUAUUCUCCCGUCCGCGACACCAGUUGCCGACCGCGACGCUGAAAACCCUCGUCGGUGUGGUAUCACCAGAGCUCGGUAACGCAUUCCCGCGCCGACGCGGCAUGACCGUCUGGGAGGCUGUGGCCACAGGCUUCGAAGGCACCUUCGUCGGUGCUGGAGAGGAAGGUGUAGGCUCUCGCUCGACCCGGACGGAUGCACGCGAAGAUGGCUUACUGGGGGAGGAUGAGGAGAACUGGCGCGUCAAGAGGGUAUGGGAAGUCUUGGAAGCUUUGGGACCCGCUUCGUGGCCCUCCGCUGGUCAAGACACAGCAUCGCGCCUGUCAGCUCGUGGAGAGGUGGACCCUAUUACGCAGACCUUCGCCAAACGCGAAUUCGUGGAUCUAUCUUCAGGAGAGCAAAGCAUCGUAUUACUGGCGCGUGCGUUGGUGGGCAGGCAGCAACUCAUCAUCCUUGAUGAGGUAUGGAGCGGCAUGGAUGGCAAAAUGAUUGCAGCGGCAAGACGUUAUCUGAACAGCGACGAUGGAGUGGGACAGAAUCAGGCAGUCGUCGUGGUCAGCCAUUGGGAAGAUGAAGUACCUUGGGACCAGGAGAGGGGGCUACGGAGAUACAGGCUGGAGGAGGGCCGUGGACGAGUUGUGGACGAGUUGUGAAAGUUCGUUCACCAUCGAAGCUCGCCCAUCCUUACAAACGCACAACGAUGACAACCAACGGAAUGCCACCGAUUGCAUGCGACGUGCACUACCUCGCUCGCUGAACUCCAUUCACGAGGUACAUGUCCCGGAAUGUCCUGGAGUAAGGGAGCAUUUUGUACCUUGCCUUUCCGAAUCGAGUUUGAAUGUUCAUGCUAAUCACUUCACCUUGCUCGAACGGUCCCGAGAAGAAUGCGAGGCCAAGCUCCUGGAGCAAUCGGUCAACGAAAUAGGGUCUUGCCCGUCCUCAAUUCUAGGGUUCCCACGAGCGCGCAGCACAAGAAAAUCACGGCCUCCAUUGCGUUAGUGAGUCAAGGAAGUCGAAGUAGUGUUCGACCACUUUCAGGCUCGUGAGCUGCUUCCAUC